AUGAAAAGAAAAGCCAACAAACUGAAAAACCUGUUUGACGCUGUGAUACGUGAUGUUUAUUUAAGAAGCAAAACCUUAUUGUUUCAGAAUUCAAAUCAACAACUCAGAAAACUACUCGAAGGUAUUGCCAAUAUAGAGAAAUAUGAACUUCAAUCUGAAAAAUUACUGAAACAGCCUGUAAGAUUUCUUCUAUUUUUGAGACAAGCUGGUGUUCCCAAGUCAAAGAACAUUCACAAAAUGUCCUGUUCUACCCAAUCAGAGAAAAUCAAGACAGUUGAUUUGAUUAAAUUUAUAAGUGAAAUCCAAAUCACAGAGAUAGGAAAAAGACAAGCACAAAAUAAAUGUCUGCUGAACGUCAUGCCUACACCUGUGUUACACAAAUCUAUCAAAGUUAGAGGUGUUGAGGGAGUACUACACCUGUCCCGUGUGUCUUCAGACAGGGUCUGGAUUAGCAAUGGAAGAAUGCUUUUUCUGAUAAGCACAGAAGGUAACGUUAUCAAUAUUCUUAGAAACACAGUUAAUUACCAAUGGGGUGAAUCAUGUAGUUUUAUGUAUAAUUAUGGAGUGCACUCUUUAAACAACGAUGGUGAACUCAUUUAUCUACAUCUCAGAAAGGGGGUUCAAAAACUAUCCAUUGAUAACAGAACGCAUUUUAAACUGAUCGAGAACCUAGGACCAAUGGAUCCAAGCUGUGUCUACUGUUCCUUAAUUAAUGGAGAUAUUAUGGUCGGGGCGUACGAUGAUUAUAUGGGAAGGGGCAUGGUAACACGGUACAAAAAGUCAGGACAACUCAUACAGACAAUACAAUAUGAUGAAUCCGAUCAGCAACUCUACAAAUUUCCUGCAUUCAUCACAGAGAAUAACAAUAGAGAUGUCAUUGUGUCUGACGUAUUGCGAUAUGCUGUAGUUGUAACAGAUAAAGAAGGAAGACUUCGCUUCUCCUACACAGGACCUCCACGAAGUAAAUCUCAUCACUUCUUUUACACUACGCAUCGAUCAGGAACAAUAUUGGAUCCACGUGGAAUCUGUACAGACGCUCUGUCACACAUAUUGGUGUGUGAUGAUAACACCCACACGGUGCAGAUGAUUGACAAAGAUGGCCACUUUUUGUCUCUGUUACUGACAGAACAAGAGGGAAUAGAAAAUCCAUACAGUCUGAGCUAUGAUGAAAAGAACCAUCUUCUCUGGAUUGGUUCAUCGCGUCUAAGCCGAGUACAUGUAUACAGAUAUAUAAACAGGCGGGACAUCUUGACAGGUAAUAAAACCAGUGACGGAUUAAAAUGA